ACGUCCCUCCGCACAGGCUCAUAGUAGAAGAAGAAAAGUAUUUCAUAACAAAACGUCACAUCUUCUGACAGCUGCUAUAGGUGAUCCUCCUGCGGAUCCAUGUUGCGUUUGAUUGCCAAGUCCCUGUGCCUCAGGUGCCAGUGUGCCACGGCCAUACCUUUACACCUGAGACCAUGUUCGACACUGAGCUCACCAGAGAACCAGCAGACAGUGGAAGCUCUCUACGAUCUCUCUGUGGACAUCCAGAAGGUCCGUCAACUAAAGGGCUGGGUUCUGCAUGCGUGCCCGGCCUAUACCAACGAGGUAGCUGACCUGCUGAAGGAGAUGGGAGCCUCGGGCUUCACCGUUGCCCGUAUCCUAGCAAGUCACCCCGAGGCUGUCUUGUGUCAUCCGGAGCAGAUGCGGGCUCAGAGGGAGCUGUGGAUGUCUGUGUGCCCGAAACAGAAAGAGCUGGUUGGUAUAAUUGAGAAUUUCCCGGGCUCCUUCUUCACCUCAUUGAGCCACCACGUCAACCAGCGAAACAACAUCGCCUACUUUCAAAGCCUAAACCUCAACAAUCGCAUCAUCACCAAGCUGAUGGCCAGCGCUCCACAGAGCUUCAGUCGGCCGGUGGAGCAGAACGAGCUGAUGGUGUGCACCCUGCAGCAGGCCUACCGAGACCUCGGGGGUGAGGAGGCCAACAUGAAGAUCUGGCUUCAGAAGCUGCUGAGUCAGAACCCCUUUGUUCUCCUCAAACGCCCCGAGGUGCUGAGGCAGAACCUGCUGUUUCUGAGAGACAAGGGCUUCAGCCCGGCUGAGCUCCUCCGCCUCCUGUCCAAGCUCAGGGGCUUUGUCACCGAGCUGAACCCGGACUGCAUGAGCCGAACUCUAGCGUACUCCCAGGACACCAUGGGCUGCUCCGAGGAAGAGCUGCGGGAAAUCAUCCUCAACUGCCCGGCUGUGCUUUACUACCCUGACGCAAUUCUAGCUGAGCGAUUCGAGGGCCUCCUCAGCGCUGGAAUCAGCAUGUCUCAAAUCAAAGAGACUCCGACUGUCUUGGAGCUGACGACGCAGAUAGUGAAUUAUCGCAUCCAGCGACUGAGGGUGUACGGUUAUGACAUACGGACAGGUAGUCUUCAGGCCCUGAAUGGCACUAAAAAGGACUUUGAGAUGAGCAAUGGAAAAUUAAUGUUACGUAGAGAGAGGCCAAUUUUUAACCCCGUUGCCCCUUUAAAAGUAGAUGACUGACCGAGGAUGUGUGGACUAAUACAACAAAUUAAGACUGCUUAUAAUGUAUAUAUAUAUAUAUUGUGUAUGUGUGUGUGCGUGUGUGUGUUUGUUUGUUAGUAUUAGAUUAGAGGUCCUACGGUGCGCUUCCAGCAUCCAGUCCAUAAACGCUUCACACUAAAAAAGCAUUACACUUUUACUGCGAGUGUAAAAUCAUAUAAUCAUAUAAGAAUGGUCGUGUAACAGCUUACCAGAGUGAUAUCGGAAAAUCAACAAAUUAAAUGGAGUCUUAAUAUGUUCCACGUUUUAGGGUAGUAGUCCCUUACCAAAUAAAUAAUAUAUUACACCUCAUUUACAAGAUACGGCAUUACAAUGACUUCAAAUAAAACACUGCAUGACAUGACAGGGUAAAGGCAGACAUGCUGGAUGGUCUAUUCAAUAAAUUACAGAGUAUAACAGGACAUGCGUGGAUUUUCAAAGCAUUUUAUUUAAAGCCUGCGCAAGUGCCUCAGUUUCACACAAUGUUCUUGGCAGCACUAUUGUCAUCCUCAGGGAAGGAAUUUAACUGUCUCUGAGUUUUAUUGUUACCUUACAGAUGACAGGAGACUUUAUUAUACCGUAAUUCACUUUUAAAAUGUCUUUUCAAAUGAAUUCAAAUGCGCCCACACCAUGGAAUAAGAAAAAAAGGAACACAAUAUAUAUUCAGAGAGCAGUUGAGUUUCAUUUUAUUAAAUCAAGAUAGAUUUUCCACUACGUUUGGCUUUAUUAAGGUUUUCCUGUCUAUGUGUGUCAUGAUAAAAAGUCUGUUUUGGGGUUAAUGCCCACAUUUAUUUUUAUUGUCGACCACAAAGUGAAAAUGUAAUCUUUCUGAGCAUUGUCAAACCAAGAGAUUGCGUUUUGAAAUG